AUGUUUGAUAGUUCCUCAGAACGGUCAAUGGAUGAUUAUAUCAUCAUUCGAAUCUCACCCCCGAGCAGCCCACCCUUGGGAGCCGUAGACUGUCCUAUAGACGACGAAUUGAAGAAAAGGGUGCUGAAAUCAAAUAAAAAGCCCGAGGAAACACCGGAUCAAGAACCCGAACAAGAGCUAGAACAGCAAGCGUUGUCACUCGAGGUUACAAACCAUGCCUCACAAACUAUUGCGAAGAAACCGAAAUCAAAGUUCGAAGAACCCGUAACUAUGGGAUUACUGGAUGAAGAACAAGAGCUCGAAGAAGCGUAG